UCACCAGCAAAAAUGAGUCGAUCAACUGUUCCUUUGCUUUGUUCGUUCUUAAUCUUGUUCGCAUCCUCAGCCUCAGCCUUUAAUAUCACAAGAAUCCUCGGUCAAUAUCCCGAUUACAGCACUUUCAAUGAACUUUUAUCGAAAUCUGGCUUAGCCACUGAUAUUAACUCAAGGGGUACAAUUACACUUUUAGCUAUACCAAAUGGUGCAGUUGGUGAUCUCACCUCAAAAUCGGAUGAUGUUCUUAAGAGGGUGUUGGCUACACACGUCGUGUUGGAUUACUACGAUCCAAUGAAACUCCAGAGGAUGAAGGACAAAACAGCUAAAAUGACAACAAUGUAUCAACAAUCUGGUAAAGCAGCAUAUGAUCAAGGUUUCUUGAAUGUUACUGCUAGAGAUGGUAGUUUCAUUUUUGGUUCAGCUGUUGUUGGCGCUCAACGAAAUUCAAAACUUGAAAAAUCCGUCAUGAAUCAGCCUUACAAUAUCUCAAUUCUUGGAAUUUCUCAACCUAUUGUUACACCUGGUCUUGAUGGAACAAUGGCACCAAUUUCAGCUCCACCACCAAAGGCGAAUACGCCUAAGAGUUCACCAGUAGCAGAGGCCCCUGCUGAAGAGGAGGAAGCAGAGUCCCCUGCUGAGGAAGAAGCAGAGGCCCCUGCUGAAGAGGAGGAAGCAGAGGCCCCUGCUCCUUCUAAGGAUGCUGAUGCACCGGCAGGUGCACCAGACGCUGAUGCACCUCCGGCUGAUCAAGCACCACCACCAUCAUCUGCUGCAAAGUUGAAAGUUUCCUUUGGUUUAUUUGUUGUUUUGGCAACAAUCAUUCUUGCCUAA